AUAGAGCACAACAUCGCGCCAAAUGUCCAUCUCAAUGUGUUGGGUAGCAGCCGAGUAGAAUAAAUAUAACUACGAUUUAAAAACUAGAAAAGUAAUGACCAACAGAUAUAGCCGUAGCAGCAGGCGCUGUUAAUGUCGUCCGAACGUCGCACCCAACCCCAAGCAAAGUUUAAACUGAUUAACAGCGGAGCUUCGCAAUGACACCAUUCGAUGACUUUGUGUAUUUAAUUAAUCAUGUUCUGCUUGGCGAAGAGCCGACAAUCGAGGACUUCAUACUGCUUGUCGGUACGUUGGUAGCAUUCAUUGCUUUCAUACUCUGGUGUUGCUUUCCCAUCCAGCCAAAGGAGCCGGGACCCCACCGCCAGUUCACAUGCAAAAUUAUACAAAAUCCAAUUAAAGCUUUUGAUGCGGCCAUCAGCACCGACAACAGCAACGCUGCCAAUGCAUCACCGUUCCCUUCCCCCUACGACUCUGGAGUCAGAAGAGGCCUCAGUGGGAAAGGCAAUGCCGGCGCUGAUUUAGACCUAACCAGCAACAUGUACAACGGAAGCAACGGCAGCUAUAGCAGGAACGGCACUGCAGCCAUGCACAAUUACUACGUUAAAAACGGACACCAUUGCUGCACCUAAUGGCCAGGGUAAAAUCAGCAAAUUCAAGAUUUUCCAGACCCAAGGCUGGGAGAUGCUGCUUAGCUUAGCGUUGUGUUACCUGCUCAGUUUUUUGUGUGCACACUGAUCAGUGGUGCAUCACCGUCGUCGUUAAAUGUAUGAAUAUUGAUGUGAAUAUUUAUUGUAAUUUGUGCCAAUUGGUUCGACAGGUUGUUAGGAAGCAGCUUAAAGUUGCCGGCUCGCAUUCGCAUAUUGAAUUGUAAUUGCUCAGACUGAUUUGUU